AUGUCGUCUCUCGAGUAUCGUCGCCCGCACGAUGCUGAAACUGCGCGGCGUGCACUCCGAAAAUCCUCAUCAGCUCUUCAUCUUCACGAUACAUCUUCUGAACUUGAAUCUGAAUAUGAAAGCUCUCCUGAAGACCAGCCUUCUCGCCCCCUCAAAAGCGUAAAGAGUCUCCCGACUCUCCCUAAAAACAUCUACCAAGAGAGCGUCAAACGACACUGGGGGUCUCCUGUUUCUGAGUCAGAUGACCCCUUGGACCAGUUCGUUGUUCAGACCGACGAACUCAACAUUCAGGAAGCUAAACCUGAGGGACGAGUUAUGACCCAGAAUGAAGCUGGGAAAGCUGUCCCCAAUCAACCUAAAAUUUUCGACGCUCAGGCUGUGUAUCCUGGAGAUGCCUGCCUCUUCGUAGCGAACCUACCUCACCAGUAUGAUGACUUGACCAUCAAAGAAGUGCUGGACAAAGUCUUUGGGCAUUAUGGCACUGCCUAUGUCAAGGUAAAGCGGGAUCGAAAGCACAUGCCUUUCGCCUUUGUUCAGUACACGGACUCCAAAUCGGCAGGUAUUGCUCUGGACCUGUGCCGAGGGGCGAACAUUCUGGGCCGACCGUGUCGCACCGAGAGAUGCAGCGGAAACAUGACUUACAUCAUCUUCCGUGACAACAACCAACUGCCUCAGCAUGAUGAAGCUCGUGCCGUUCUCGAGAAAUUUGGCGAGAUUGCUAAGAUUGAGCGUUUGGAGGAACGUAUUCAAAUGCUCAUGGGUGUCCCAGAAUCUCUCCUGGUUCACUUUAAAAAGUUCGACCCACGACGGGAUGUGAUCAAAGGAACCAAAGGCUUGCUAGGCCACAUUGUUUUGGCCUACGAUGCAAAGUUGUACGAAGAGCGUCCUGACAGCCUGACAGAGCCGCAUGACAAAGAUCGUCGUUCAAUCUUCUUUGGUGGUCUACCCGCUAAUGCAGAUGACACAUUUGUUCACACCCUGACAUCUUUGUGUGGUCAUGUUCUCUCCAUUGACAUCAGAAGUAAUGCGGACAAGAAUGGUGGUAAUUCUACUUCCCCUGACGACGCUGUGCGCCAAUUCAACGGUCGCUGUAUUCAGGGUCACCAUAUGCGAGUUGAGAGAAAGCGAACUCAACUUAACGAAGACUCCCGAAUGUUUCCAUCUCCUCUCCGGCCCACGCCACCUCUACGCCCUCAUCGUCGUGGCGUCUCCAUGAACUCGACUCCUAGCAAGCAUAGCCGCCAGCAAUCGAUCUUUGGACUUUCCCCCGAAUCCCGAGAUCGGUUCUACAAGGCCGACUCGGAGUACCAGUACAAGAAGUUCAUGGGAAGCCAGAAACCCCUGUCUCCUUUAAGGGGGUUCAAGACCACACCCCAUGGAUUGGAGGAAUUUACUCCUAUUCAGUCACCCGAAAAGGAUGGAAGCGGUGCAGCCUCCGGAAACAUGGUACACUUCUCAUCUUCUCUAGCAUUCUCAUCACCAGCACAUAUCAUUUCUCCCGCUGCGUCAUCCCCCAUCCAGGGUCAACAACCUGUGCCGGACUCAGACCCUGUCGUGUCUCCUAACCUGUCAUUUGCUGAUCGCAUGGCGGAUGGCGGACGCCCCGUCUCAUUUGCCUUCUCACCAGCCGCGGGACAUGCUGCAGAUAGAUGCGAGGACGCCAUCGACAACAAGACCGGAGACGGUAAGAAGGGCCACCAGCGUGCUACUUCUAUGUUUACUCGCAACACCUUUGACAUGACUCCCUCUGGCUUUGAGGUCUCUGAGAGUGACGAGUCGAGUAGCUGGAAGCCCAGUGGGAGUUCCCAAGAUGAGGAGGUCCUCAAGGAGAAGGAGGCCAAAAUUCGAGGCCGUCUCCGCCGCCGCUAUCUGUCCGAGGAAAACUUGAGACGUAACCAACUAUGCCAGGAGAAGCUCCUGCGAGUGCCUCGUUAUGAAGGCAACCUCAGGUCUGUCAGUACUGACGCGAAGUCUCAGAAGUCCGUUGGAUCAUCAAAGAUAUCACGCAAGAGCGAUGCAACCGAGCGUCCCCCUAAAGGUCAGUUAGUUGCUUCUUCUCAAGAGGUUGUGUACAACCAGCAGCCGGCACAACACCCUCAAAUGGUUCCGCAGUAUCCCCCUUCCAUGCCUGCCCACCCUGCAAACUACAGUGGUAUGCCAAUGCAGCCGGUUGCACCCAGCGGGUUUGUCUACAUGGGCAUUCCCAACGGACCAGGUGCUCAGUCUCAUGAGCCCAUUCCUAUGUAUCAAGCUCAUGCUCAGGGACACUAUCAAACUCCUCUUCAAGGCCAGUCUCAAGCUCUCGCUCAAGGUCAGUAUCCGGUCUCUCAAGGUCAGUAUCCGGUCCCUCAAGGUCAGUAUCCGGUCCCUGCCCAAGGACAAUAUCCCGUUCCAGGUCAGGUCCCAUAUCAAGAGUCGCCUCAUGUGCCUCCCCAAGGCCAAUACCCCGUUCCCGUUCAAAUUGCAUACCAAGAGUCGAAUCAGAUGUACCAAAAUCAUCUUCAGGUCCCCCAACAAGGCCAUCAGCAGGCAUUCCAUGGGUUCGGCCCUGCAUAUCCAGAAAAUCGCCAGGUUCAGUUCCAAAGCCCACCCCAGCCGGGCUACACCCGUCGUGUCGUUUCGUACACUCAACAGCCUGAGCCCAUGCAGUACCCAGGCUCAUCUCAGCAGCUUCAGAAUCAGCGCAGCCGUGACAAUAUGUCCUACUCUGGUCACGCCACUCCUCGUGGACAUGGUUCAACUCCUCGAGGCCGCACUUACAACACUCCACAGGGCCAGUCUUUUCACACUCCUCGUGGUCGAGGUUCGUCUUCUCGAGGUCAUGGUUUCACCACUCCUCGCGGGCGUUCCCUGACACCUCGUGAUCCCCCCGAGAGUGCUCACCAGCAACGACAGAACCUUGAAGCAAGCCGUUACGAUCGUUACAACGACCAGGGGUACCAACUAGGACCAUCGCAGUAA